AUGAAGUUCUCCUUCAUUGCCCUCCUGGCCUGCGGCCUCACGGUCGAUGCUCACGCCAUCUUCCAGAAAAUCUCAGUCAACGGACAAGAUAAGGGUCAGCUCACUGGCAUCCGUGCUCCCAACAACAACAACCCAGUACAGAAUGUGAACGACCAGAACAUGGCCUGCGGACAGCCCGGCUCCAAGUCCAACACGGUUGUCAACGUUAACGCUGGUGACCGUAUCGGUGCCUACUUUGGGCAUGUCAUCGGCGGAGCCCAGUUCCCUAACGACCGAGACCAUCCCAUCGCUGCCUCUCACAAGGGUCCCGUCCAGGCUUACCUUGCCAAGGUCGACAAUGCUGCUACUGCCAGCUCCAACGGCCAGAAGUGGUUCAAGAUCUGGCACGAAGGCUUUGAUCAAGGCAGCAGGAAGUGGGGUGUCGACACUGUCAUUCAGAACCAAGGCUGGACGUAUUUCAACAUCCCGCAGUGCAUCGCGCCGGGCCAAUACCUCCUGCGCGUUGAGCUUUUGGCUCUCCACUCGGCCAACCAGCAAGGCCAGGCUCAGUUCUACAAGUCUUGCGCUCAGAUCAACAUUUCGGGCUCGGGCUCCUUCACUCCUUCUCAGACCGUCUCUUUCCCCGGUGCCUACCAGGCCAACCACCCCGGUAUCCUCACCAGCAUCUACGGUCUCACAGGCCAGCCCGACAACGGCGGCAAGCCGUACAGCAUCCCGGGCCCUGCUCCCAUCUCUUGCUAA